AAUCACACUUAUGAAAGAAUACGGUUCAUCUAAACUUCUCAAGACAAUUAUUCAACAAGAAGUCAUCACUAAUGUUGAGCCUCCUAAAAAAUUCAAAGUUAAUGAUUAGUAUAAACCUGCAGAGAAUAUAGCAUAAUAUUCUUAAGAAGAGCCUAGGAAAGAAAAAAUAACUUUGGAUGAUAUUAUUCCAAUUGAUCCUCAAAUCCCAGUUGCUGAGGCUGAGAGGCGUACAGUAGUACCAGUAAAAAAGCAACAGCAAACACAAGAAGGUCCUGUUGAUGAUUUACAAAACAUUAAUAUUGUUGCAUGUGAGGAAUAUUCCCACAUGAGACCAGUCAUACUUGGAGAGAUAGAAGAAGAGACCUUAAAACAAAAAAAGAGUUUUUUAUAAGCAUUACGCGAUGGUCAUUGCAUCAUAUAAUUGCCAAACAAAUUACCUUUUCAUGACAUAGGAAAAACAUAAAAAUAUGUUGAGGAGGUUAAAGGCGAUUAGGUGUAAAAAUAAUUAAAGUAAUGAUAUUUCAAGAUUUUAAUUAGAGAUUAUUAUGAUGAAUGUUAUGAUAGUAGUGGCAUACAAUUAUAAAAAUAAUUCACAAAUCUCAGUAAUAAAGUCGAUGUGGGUAUACAUAUAGGAAAAAUUUCAAUUGCUGCAGAUGGAUCAGCCAUUUGGAAAGCUGGAAGGGAAGAAUUUGAAAUUGUUUAAGGAAUCACCUAGGAUUUAGAUUAAAAAUGUUUGGUAAUCAACAAAGAAGAUGGUAAAUGUGGAUUCGUCAAUGUGGGUGACAAAUUUGUUAUAACUCCUAAUUAUUGA